AUGGAUUUAGGGCUGAAAAACAUUCAUGUCCUUGUAACAGGCGCAAGCGGAGGCAUUAGCCCUGAGACCGUCAAACUCUGCCUGUCCCUCGAUGCAAACGUGACUACACAUCACAACUCUAACUCCAAACCCAUCCAGAAUCUCCAAGUCAACUUCCCUGCACUCCAAUGCGCACAGGCAGACCUCUCCUCUGAGUCUGCCGUAAAGAGUAUGUUCGAUGCCCUCUCAGGGACACCGUUCGGCCCUGUGGCAGUAAUUGUGGUCAACCAUGGCAUAUGGUCGCCCCAGGACGUACCUAUCGUCGAUAUGACAAUUGAAUCAUGGGACCACACGAUUAGUGCGAACCUCACCUCAAACUUCGUGGUCUGCCGUGAGUUCUUGCGCCACUUGCGUGCAGCAACAGAAAGCGUAAAAGAUAGGGCUGCAAUUGUGCUCAUCGGGAGCACAUCAGGACGGGUGAAUUGUAUUGCACCUGGAUGGGUUCCGACACCAAUGGUACAAGAAGCACUGAAUGAUCCGGCCGUCAGCGGACCUUUAUUAGCCGCCACUCCGUUGAAAAAAUUUGGGACACCUCUGGACGUUGCAAACCAAAUAGUGGUAGUGUCUUCAUCGGUGGUCUCGGGACAUGUAACCGGGCAAGUGAUCUUCGUAGAAGGCGGUUUUUUAAUGAAUCUCUGUGAAGAGUAGCCAUCGUUGGCAGGCCACAUCUCCGAGGGCAUUGCCCUCUGCGGAAAAGCAGGUUCUGGUUGCGAGAAGAAUUCAAAAGGCACGGAUAAGGGGAUGCGGACCAAUGGGAAUAAACGCCGCUGAGUUGCUACUCUUACCUCCUGGACCUCCACUGGAGGAGUGUGUUGAAAUCAUAACCCGGGAUAUACCGGUGAUAGGGCACAUACUAGGCACCCACAGUAAAUAUUGGGGCCGACGUCGACGCGGACUGACCUGGAAAACAGAUGUAUCAGUGAUCAAUACGCUUCCUACCGUUGACCCCCUCCCCCGUACUCCGCAACCAGGGCACUAACCAUUUCCCACUACUCACAUAUCCUGCAAUACCCACACGCUGUUCGGUGCUCUUAGCAUUCAACGAAACAAAUCCAUUGCCGAACACGUUUUCCGUUUCAAAUGAGAAACGGAACCGAGCGGUCACCAAACGGGCCCGAAUUUCGUCA